GACCGUGUCCUCACCGCAGUACGGAUCGAGUGGAUAGUGUUGAAGAAUUUUUUGCUGGGUGUUAUUAUUAUUUUUUGCUUGGGAGUAAUAUUGUUGGAAUAUACAUGCGGUCCUCCAGCUCAACAGAUACACGCGCUGCUAGUCUGGAAAAGACUGAUAGAUGUUGAGCUCUCCGUUUGCUGCAUGAGGGACACAACCGCACAGAUGGAGUCAAGGGUUCCCCAUCACAUCCCCGGGAUGUCUUCCUCCAUUAUAUCCCAGCCACUGCUGGACAGUAGGGUCCCCUACGGACGGCUUCAGCACCCGCUCACCAUCUUCCCCAUCGACCAGAUCAAGUCGUCCCACGCGGAGAACGACUACAUCGACAGUCCCGCCGUGGUCUCUCAGCAGCCCACCAGCCAGAAGGCCGCCAGCAGGGGCUCCAACGAGGCCCUACUAGAAGCCCCCCACCACCCAAGCCUGGCGCGCAGCGACCCGCACGACGCCACCACGCACCCCUGGAUCUCCUUCAGCGGGCGGCCCAGCUCCGUCAGCAGCAGCAGCAGCACGUCGUCGGACCAGAGGCUACUGGACCACGCGGCCCCCACGCCCGUACUGGACCACGGCUCCGCGGCGGCGCCCGGGGCCCCGUGCUGCGAGCCCAAGGUGGUCACCUCCACUCCGCUGGACCCGAAGGCUGCGGCCCGGGGCGCCGCCGCGGCCACGGACAAGAAGCACUCGCUGCCAUGCGAGACGUGCGGGAAGUGUCGUUGCACAGAGUGCACGCUGCCUCGGACCCUGCCCUCCUGCUGGGUGUGCAACCAGGAGUGCCUGUGCUCCGUGCAGAGCCUGGUGGACUCGGCCACCUGCAUGUGCCUGGUCAAGGCCAUUUUCUACCACUGCACCGAGGACGAGGACGACGAGGGCUCGUGCGCCGACCGGCCGUGCUCCUGCCGCCAGUCCCACUGCUGCGCCCGCUGGUCUUUCAUGGCGGCGGCGUCCCUGCUGCUGCCCUGCCUGGUGUGCUACCUGCCGGCCACGGGCUGCGUCAAACUGUCGCAGAAGUGCUACGACCGGGCCAGCCGCCCGGGGUGCCGCUGCAAGAACUCCCAGUCGGCCUGCCAGGGCUUGCAGGUCAAGGCCGGGGUCCAGGAGAAACAGGGGUCAUGACGCUGACCGGCUGCUGCCUUAUGCCCCCCGCCCCGCCCCGCCCACACAACCGACUCCCUCCGCUGGAGGACCUUCCCCCGAAAACCACGGUACUUUUUGUUUCGGUGACGCUUUGCCGUGCGGGUCCAAAAUAGGUGUGUCUGUUAGAUCGGUUGGCCUGGUUCUGGAGAACCGCUAAGUGUGACAGACUGGUGAAUUUUGUUUUCUAAAAUGGCUGAAGGCAUAAGUCAUUCUACAUCUAUGCUGCUCUAAUUUUCCAGCUUUAUCAUAGCUGUCAUAGCUCCAUGACAAAUUGAACCUUAGUCGUUGUCCUCCGAACAUAAAUCUGUAUGCAGUAUGUUUAAGAAAAUAGGUCUGUCCCAAAGCAGUUUCCAUCAGUUUGUACAAACUGUUGAUUCCCUUUCAAAUAGCUUAGGGGUAUACUUAAAGGCCCAGUGCAGCCAAAAUCCACUUUUUUCCUUUGUUAUAUAAUGUUGUAUUACAGCACAUGGAACUAACACUGAAAAAGUUUGAGAAGAGAACUAUUAUACAUUAUUUCCUGAAAGUUGCUUGUUGAAAAUACAAUUUACAAAGGACCUUGAAAAUCAUUGCAUGUGCAGGAGUUUCAUCAUUCUUUGGUGUUUCAUGCAGCGAAUAGGUAAAUAGACCAAUAACAAGGAGUUCCAAACCUUUCUGCCAAUAACAGCUAGUUUUCAGUACUCCCCUCCCAACUCAGACCACUCCCAGAAAGUCCUCACAAAAUUAUUUCUUGAUAGUUUUUUGAUAAAAAAUGACUUUUGUCCAUUUUAAUGGAAACCUAUAGCAGGAAGGUACUUCUUUUUUACACACUAAGGAUUUUAAUUGAAAUGAAAAUAUGGCUGCAUUGGGCAUUUAAGGUGAAACAGACUCUGUACUGCCCACUAUGUACUGAAUAUUCUUUAGUGGUCAUUGCCACAUAAGCCUUCCUGUUGCUAUCCUGAUGUUGAGCUUUUAACUAGGUAACAAUGUGAGAGGUAAAGGGGUGUGGCUUUGGAGCAACCUGUCAGUCAGACAGCAAUUAGAAUUUUAAUGUUUCUGUCUUUUUGUAUUUGUUAUUUUUGUUUGUCUGAUACUAAGGUCAUACCACAAGUGAGUAAAAAACUGUUUCAGGAUUUUGAACCUACACUAAUAACAAUCACGUAAAACUAUUGCAUGUCAUGCCCGCUGUGAAGUUAGGUAUUGGUUGACAUCAGUGGUAGAUGUGGCACAAUAUUCCAUCAUUAGAAUACGGUCCAGUACGUAAAAACUGCGUACAUGCCUAGUUGACUUAACUUUGCUCAAAAGGGCAAAGAACAUUUUAUAAAGGGCAAAGAACAUUUUAUAAAGGGCAAAAUAGCUAAAUUGUGAAUUAUUUAGGAAGAGUAAGCCAAGAGAGGAAAUGAAAUGAAAUAGCCUUUU